ACAUCCCUGCUGGGCUGUGCUGGAGCUGCCAGGAGCAUCCUGGGCAGGGCAGGAAGUGGGUACCACACUUAUCCCCUGGAGCACAGGAGGUGCAGUGUCCGUGCAGGGAAGGGAGUGCAGGGAACAGCCUGCUCCCCAAAAGCAGGCUCCUGCCCCCGAGGGGCUGGGGGUGGAUGGACUGCCCCGUCCCUGCCUCAACAAAUACAGCAGGACUGGAAAAUAAAAGAGGGGGGGAAAGGGCGGAAAUGAUACUUGUGUGCGGCUCCCGGGAGAAUCUGUGCUGCCUCCUGCCUGUCGUGCUGCAGGGCCAUGGGAGAUGUGCUGCCCACAGGAGGGCAGCUCUGGGCUCCUGGGGUAGGAGCUGGCAUCACUGAGGGUCCCUCGUCACCUGGGAGCAGGGCUGUGGGUGAGGAGGAGCCCGAGGGGACUGUUGGAGUGGAGGACACGGGGUGCUGUGGUGUUUUUCCAGGGUUUGUGUUGGGGCUGCAGAGGCUGGUGGCUCCUGGGGCUGGCGGGAGUGGUGCCCCAGUGACAGCAGUGUCCCCAGCGCUGCACUCACCAGGGUCUGGCCUGGCUGAACAUCUCCUGCUGCAGCCACAGUGCCCCUGUGUGGGACACUGUAGGCAGUCUGGGAAUUGGGGCUGGUCAUGUGCCACUGGAUAUGGAAUUCUGUGCUGUCCCUCAAGCUGUGGCUGUGGGAGAUAGGGAUGAGGCAGCUGCCACCUCCUGCUCCAUGAAGGCUGCUUUGAUUUAGGCUCACUUUCAUCUGAGUUGAACUCCUCAUCUCAGGAGUUCUCAAAAUUAGUUUACAAAGAAAAUAUGUCAAAUGAAAUUUAUUCGUCUUAAUUGUGACACCUCUGUGACAUGAGCUCAUCCCUGCAGCCUGCACGGCCUGUCCUGUGUCCUGUCAGGGAUCAAGCACUGCUUUAACUGGACACAGCAAGGUUUCUCACAUGGCCCCUGUGGGUGCCAAGGGGGUCCAGGCUGCCACCCUCACCCUGCUAGUGCCCGUGGCUGUGCCGAUGCUGUCCUUGGAGCAGCCCAGUGCUGGCGUGUGCCCAAGUGGUCCCCAGUCACCUCUCCUCCAUCAGCAGGGCUGUGCCGUGCCCACUCCCUGAUGCCACCCCACCCCACCGCCCUGUGACACAGCCCCUGUCUCGGGGGUGACCCCGCAGCCGGAGGGGAUCCCCGUGGAGGACCUGCCCUGCAGCACCGCCCUGUUUGCUCUGGCACUGGCCACGCCCUUGCAGGCAGAGGGAGAGGCUGAUCCAGCCGCUGGCCCCACGCUGGGGCACACGAGGGUCACCUGUGCUUGGGGUCCCUCUGGCCACUGCUGGACCCUGUGUGUGUCCCCAGAGAUGGCCUUCCAGCGGAGCCACCGCCUGAACCUGCUGCGCCUUGUCGUACUGCUCCUCAUCGCCUUGGCCGGCAUCAAGUUCCUCUUCCGUGACAGCUUUACCCUGGAGCUGCACAAGCACGUCAGCAAGGACAGCGGGUUCUGGGGGGACACAGGUGACAUCAUCCAGGAUGUCAUCCCCCAGAGCCAGGUUCUGGAGCUCCCUGAGGCGAAGAUAACGGCCCUGAGGCAAGAGCCUGGGCAGCAGGUCCCCAGGGAUGUCAGUGCCACCGAGAUGAGGCUGGUCCACUUGGACCUCAAGGGAGCUGCUCCCAGGGUCUCCUACCUGGAGCAGGUGUUCCCCUUCCUGUCCCAGCUGGGAGCCAACGGCAUCCUCAUCGAGUACGAGGACAUGUUCCCCUUCAAGGGGGAGCUGGAAGUCCUCAGGUCCCCGUACGCUUACAGCGAGGAGGACAUCGAGCGGAUCCAGCAGCUGGCGGAGCAACACAAGCUGGAGGUGGUUCCCCUGGUGCAGACCUUUGGCCAUGUGGAGUUCAUCCUCAAGCACGAGAAGUACCAGCACCUGCGGGAGGUCGAGCGCUUCCCCAACAGCUUCAACCCCCACGUCCCCAACACCCUGGCCCUGCUCAGGAGCGUCCUGGCCCAGGUGAUCGAGAAGCACAGACGCUCCACCUGGAUCCACAUCGGCGCGGAUGAGGUUUUCCAUCUCGGGGAGGGGAUGGACUCCAAGAACUGGAUGAGCCGCAACAAGGGCGAUGUGGGGACCAUGUUCCUGAAGCACAUCAAGGAGGUGUUGGGCUUCCUCUCUGCGCAGUACUGGGGGCUGCGGGUGCUCAUGUGGGACGACAUGCUGAGGAAGAUCAGCGUGGGAGCCCUGCGGGAGUCUGGGAUAGCAAAGCACGUCUCACCCGUGGUGUGGUUCUACGCACCCGACUUCGAGGCUGAGCAGAUCGAGCCAUUCCUCACCAAGUAUGCAGAGAGUGGCUUCGAGGCAGUUUGGUUUGCCAGCGCCUUCAAGGGCACCACGGGGCCGGCACAGACCUGGACCCCCCUGAGCUACCACCUGAAAAACCACCUGAGCUGGCUGAAGGUGAUGCAGGCCCUGCCACGGCUGGCCCCGCUGCGCUUCCAGGGCAUCGUGCUCACCGGCUGGCAGAGGUACGAUCACUACUCGGUGCUCUGUGAGCUGCUGCCCGUCGGCAUCCCCUCGCUGGCCAUCUGCCUGCAGACCCUGGUGAACGGGGGCUUCACGGAAGAGGCAAAGAGGAAGGUCCUGGAUGUGCUGGGCUUGGAGAGUGUGCAGCUGGAGCAGAGCACCUGCGAGGGCAGGGGAGCGUUCCCUGGUGUGGAGAUCUACCACAUGGUGGAGCAGGUUAAUGGCCACCUGAGGGAGAGCAUCCUGAAGGCUCUGGAGGAGGAGAGUGCCAUCAAGGGCUGGUUCAGCCCCUACCAUCGGAAGCACCACUUUGGGAACCCCCGCAACAUGGAGAGCUUCGGCAGCAAGGUGCUGAAGCUCCAUGAGGACUGGGAGAGCUUUGUCCGUGACCUGCGUGCCCAGCUGGAGAGGGUCUACUUCCCAGACACGGUGGAGGAGUGGAUGGAGGAGAACGUCAACCCCUACCUGGACCAGCUGCGGGACCUGGUGCGGGACUACCGGGCCAUCAUCCGCCUCAACGGCCGGCCCAAGGCCACGUAGGGGCUGCAGCCCCCCAGCUCUCACUGCCCCCCUGGCUGGUCUUCGGGGGCCAGCACCGCGUGUCUGUUUGCUGGUGACGGCGCUGCCGCUCGCGCUGUACGGGGCCCUGCACACCCAGCUCCACAAUAAAGUAUUUUCAUAGAU